AUGCUGAGGUCAGCAGCAAGGCUUUGCGGCCCUGGUACUAAAGGGAAGGAGCAUUGUAUAAGAAUAAUCCAGGAGCUCGCAGCCUACAAAGGGGGCGCCGGUUUUGAGAGGAUCUUAACGGGAGUCCUUUGGGAAGUGCAGCUGGAAGGGGACUCGAGCGAGGAUUACGUCAAAACACUCAUUGAGUACAACAUGAGCUGCCAGGCCCUAGCAUCUUUGACCGAGAGCAACGUGGCGGUGGAGCGCUGCUUGAAAGCGCUUGCAAAAAACAAAAGGCAGGUAGCCCAGCACAUUUACAAGAGGCUCUCUGAAAAUGCUUUGAAGGCGGCACGCGGUUACAAGAGAGGAUCAGAAGAUGGCCCUUCCUUCGAGAUGAUGGUUGUUGCACCUCUGGAGUGCCUGACCAACUUCGUACGAGUUUCCAGGAGUUUCCGGGACGCCAUAGAAAACAGCCUGGCGGAAAUUAGUAUGCCAGAAUCCCUAGGGUUCUUCUUGUCCGCUGAAUUCCUUGACGCUUUGUCGAAGAAGGAUGCAUUCGCUGUUCAGUAUCUCUUUUCCAGCAUAGCAGCGUCUCUUGCGCUCUACCCUGACAGCCAAAUUUGGGCCCUCGAUAAGGGCCUUCUCAAGAUGCUAGCAGCAGCUGUGGGAUGA